AUGUCUACACAAGAAGCUUGGGAAUACCCUGAACACAAACAAUUUGAACGUGUUCCAACUUUAGAUCAAGUUGAUCCUAGAGAUAGCAAAGCUGUGUUUGCGGCUCGUAACCAAAAAGUUCGUGACGACUGGGUGAAGGUCAUGGAAGCUCGUCUCAUUAAAGAAAAACUCGACGAAUGUUAUAAAACAGAAGGCGUUAAUCACUGUAAGAUUAUAUCUGAUAACAAUCUAUGUAAAAAACAAUUUUGA